ACAAUUGUUGAAUUUUGAUGACGGAAAGAAAAAGGUUAUACAAAGAAAAAGAGGGAAUAGGCUGAUUACAAUUAAUAAUUAAUAGUAUAAAUAAAUAAUAAAUAAAUAAAGUGUUCGUAAUUUUGUUACUUUAAUAUAAUAGGAAUAUAUUAGCGUAGCCAGUGAUUAAGCUCGGGAACUGAAAGAGUAUAUUUAGCAACGUGUCCUAGGUUAGGCCGUUGGGGAAUCAUGUUAUUAUUGGCGUAACAUGACUGAAAGAAAAAUGUGCAAAUUCUAUAAUUUGAACGUACCUGACCGCCGCCCCGGGGACCUGCCCAACCAGAACAAUGACGACGAGGACGACGACCGCAACUCUGACGACCCGCUGGAGCCCUACGUGCCCCCGCACGAGCACAAACUGGAGUACAGCUACUGGAUGUGGUUCUCGCGCAGGCCGCCCGCGCGCGAGCUCUCCGCUUCCACCACUGGUUAUGGGCAGGCGCUUCGUAUGGUUGGUCGCGUGGCGUCUGUGGAGCAGUGGUGGGGGCUAUACAUGCACCUGACGCGGCCAGCCGAACUGCCCCCCCUCACAGACCUGCACCUCUUCAAGCUGGGCAUCAAGCCCAUGUGGGAGGACCCCGCUAAUGUCAAUGGAGGCAAGUGGGUGGUGCGACUGCGCAAGUCGCAGACGGGGCGCGCGUGGGAGGACCUGUGCAUGGCCAUGCUGGGCGAGCAGUUCAUGGUGGGCGACGAGAUGUGCGGCAUCGUGCUCUCCGUGCGCUUCCAGGAGGACCACCUGGCGGUGUGGCACCGCACGGCGGCGGACGCGGUGGCCAAGGCGCGAGUGCGCGACACGCUGCGGCGCGUGCUGCAGCUGCCCGCCACCGUGCCCGUGGAGUACAAGGCGCACGGCGACUGCCUGCGCGCCUCCGCCUCCGCCUCCGCGCCCGCGCCCGCCUCCGCGCACACCAACAACGCGCACGGCUCGCAAGACGCGCCCGCGCACAACAGCGACUCGUAGCGAACGCGCCGUGCGCCCGCGUCC